CUUUGCUUUGAUUUGGCCUUAAUGUUUGUAUUCGUCGCGAGAAAUGUUGGCUUACGACUGGGGUCAGCCCAUACAAACAAGUAGUAUUGAAUCCAGCGCAACGGCGAUGCACAAGAAAAUGCGUUUCGUUUCACAUCACGGUUUCUUUUUUGUCCCUCACUGCCCGAACCCCCUUGGCCGAUCUCUUUACGAGCACGAACAACUUGUUGCUAGAAGUCUUUCUCCAUAAAUUCCC